AGGAUGAGGACCGAGGGUUUCAGGCCAGACAACGUGGCACUGGCCGCAGCCCUGUCAUGCUGCGCGCAGCUCGGGGCGCUAGAGAAGGGACGAGAGGUCCACGAGUACAUAACGCAAACCAGGCCCCGGCCAAACGUGUUCCUGUGUACAGGGCUCGUUGAUCUGUACGCAAAGUGUGGGCGUGUCGACGUUGCCCGAGAGGUUUUCGAUUCGUGCCCUGCGAGGAACGUGUUCACUUGGAACGCGCUCAUCGUCGGGCUGGCAAUGCACGGGCAUGGCACAGUGGCACUCGAGUACUUCAACCGGAUGCUGCUGCUUCAGGGGAUUCGACCGGAUGGAGUCACUUUCUUAGGGGUACUGAUUGGGUGCAGCCAUGCUGGCCUCGUUGACAUGGCAAAGAGGAUCUUCUCCGAGAUGGAGGGCAAGCACGGUGUGCCUCGGGAGCUCAAGCAUUAUGGAUGCAUGGCUGACUUGCUUGGUCGAGCCGGGCUCAUCGAGGAAGCAAUGGAGAUGGUCAACAAGAUGCCAACAGAAGGGGACACUUACGUCUGGGGAGGUAUACUCGCUGGUUGUAGAAUGCACGGGAACGUGGAAGCAGCGGAGGUUGCUGCAACACACUUGCUGGAGCUCAACCCUCAAGACAGCGGGGUGUACUCUGUCCUGGCCGGGAUCUAUGCAGAUGCUGCUAGGUGGGAGGAUGUUGCCAGGGUUAGGAGAUUGAUGGAUGAAAGGAUUGCUAGGAGAAAUGUUGGUUGCAGUUCCAUUACGGCGGACCACUAGCAUAGCACACAGUAUGCUGGCUGAUCGCAGACUGUAGAUUCUACCUAGACGGUCACCACUGCAAAAUAGAAACUGAUUCAGUAAGAGGACUGCUACUCCUAGGAGCCGCAAUGACUUGUGUCGACUGGCAAGGUAUCAGUUUUCACUGUGAAUAAAUCCAGUAUUUUAAGAUUUAAGGCCAUGUGGUUUGAACUCCUUGUAUAGGCCAAAUCUCACACUCUGUUCUUCAAAACUCGGGCCUCUUUGUGUUGCAGACUUUACUCUAAAAGUGCGAGUGUGAACUGUCACUGGUGAACUAUCAAUUCUGUUAGGGAUUCGUCUUGCAGUCACAGGCAUGUCGCCAUUGCAUGACAUUACAUAUUCUUGGACUUCUUUGGCAGGUAGAUGUUCUUGCAAAUCAACUGCUCAUGCUGAACUUCUGAUGGAAAUGAAGCCAGAGCAUAAAUUGAAAAGGGAUGAGGAAAAGUUCUGGCCAGGUGCAGAUCUCGCUGUUCUUCGGUUUGGUAUUGUAGUUCAGUUGAUCUAUGGGUAAUGGGUUGUCGCAGAAACUUAUGUGCUACAGAGUACAGAGUUGAAGAGGACACAACAUUCAAUAAUCAAGGAUUCAAGGUG